AUGACCGGGAGCAUGCAGAUGAUCCGAGAAUUCUGUGAUCUUGCCAUUAGUCCCGAAAAAUCCACGAGGACUCGAAUCUUUUUCCCUGAGGCUAAUGAGGUCACAUUCGCAAGAAAAUCAGUUUUCGGAGGGUCAUCUUUGAAGCUCGACUACCUAACAAAACCAUCGUUUUUCGAAGAUUUCGGUUUUGCAACAAAAGUUAAAAUGGCCGAUCGUGUAAAGCCAGAGGACGAACUAUUCCUAGUUGGCUACCCGUAUUUUAACGUCAAUGAGAUGCUUGUGGUGGAAGAACUUUAUAAAGAAGCUGUGGAGAAAACGAACCGUAAAUUGAUUAUUUUCAACGGUGAACUCGACAGAAUAAGAUCUGGCUACUAUCCACCAUUUUUCUACCCAAAACUGGCUGCACUUUGUAAUUCAUUCUUUCCCAAGAUGGAAACUGUUUAUUACAUUCACAACUUCAAGGGAAGAAAUGGAGGAGCCCUUUUCAGGUCUUACCCUGGACCCUGGAAAGUUCUUAGAAAGCAGAGGGAUAAAUACAUUUGUGUUCAUAAGCAGGAAAAAAUGCCAUCUUUAAAGGAAGUUGCACUGGAAAUUCUUCCUUCUGCAUGAGAUAUUAUUUUGCAUGCAGAUAUUGAGUUUGGAAACAUUUUGAAUUGAUUCAUAACUUGUGCAUAUAAAUAAUUAAAUAUACAUAUGGUGUUCUUCUUAUCCACAAUUUAG